UGUCUGUUGUCUUGUCAUUUGUUUCUUGUUCCAAUGUUCAUUUCUACUUCAUUGACCAUUUCCAUGAUUUCUACUUAACAAAAGGAAUUUUAUUUGUUAGUUUUGUGUCCAUACCCAGCAGAAAUUAUCGCAUUUUUGAUUGUGCAAAAUUAGAUUAUCAAGUUGCCGUUCCUUUUCGAUAUACAGGCUCAAUAAAAGUCCAGAAUGUCCAAACGCCGAAUCGAGGUAGCAGACCCCUUUUUGAAGAAAAAAAGAGAGGAAAAAUUAGCAUUAGGAAUAGGAACUAGUAGUACAGCUCCUGUAUCUGCCUCAAUGAACCCAUAUACAGGUCUACCAUAUACCCAGCGCUAUCAUGAAUUGUUCAGGAAAAGAAUCGGUUUGCCAGUAUUUGAAUAUCGUGCCGAUUUUAUGAGGCUUUUAGCGGAGCAUCAGUGCAUAGUCCUAGUGGGUGAAACUGGUUCCGGAAAAACUACACAAAUUCCACAAUGGUGUGUGGAAUAUGCCAGAAGUAUGGGCAAAAAGGGUGUAUGUUGUACCCAACCCAGAAGAGUGGCUGCUAUGUCUGUCGCUCAGAGAGUUUCAGAAGAAAUGGAUGUUGCUCUAGGGCAAGAAGUUGGUUAUAGUAUUCGUUUCGAAGAUUGUUCUUCAGCUAAAACAAUUUUGAAGUACAUGACAGAUGGUAUGUUACUGAGAGAAGGAAUGAGUGAUCCCAUGCUUGAUUCUUACCAAUGCAUUCUUCUUGAUGAAGCUCACGAAAGAACUUUGGCAACAGACAUAUUGAUGGGUGUAUUAAAAGAAGUUAUUAAACAGCGUAACGACUUGAAAUUGGUUAUUAUGUCAGCUACAUUGGAUGCUGGCAAAUUUCAACAAUAUUUUGACAACGCCCCAUUGAUGAACGUGCCUGGACGUACCCAUCCUGUAGAGAUAUUUUAUACACCAGAACCGGAACGCGACUAUUUGGAAGCUGCUAUUCGGACUGUGAUUCAAAUUCAUAUGUGUGAAGAAAUCGCCGGUGACGUUUUACUAUUUUUGACUGGACAAGAAGAAAUAGAAGUGGCAUGCAAAAGAAUCAAAAGAGAAAUCGAUAACCUGGGACCUGAAGUAGGUGAACUAAAGUGCAUCCCACUUUAUUCCACUUUACCUCCCAAUCUUCAGCAAAGAAUUUUCGAAGAGGCUCCACCAAAUAAAUCUAACGGUGCCAUUGGCCGAAAAGUUGUCGUUUCCACAAAUAUCGCUGAAACCUCUCUGACUAUCGAUGGUGUAGUGUUUGUGAUCGAUCCAGGAUUUGCCAAACAAAAAGUUUACAAUCCAAGGAUUCGAGUUGAAUCUUUAUUGGUUUCGCCAAUUAGUAAGGCAUCUGCUCAGCAGCGAGCUGGACGUGCAGGAAGAACCAAACCUGGAAAGUGCUUUAGAUUAUACACAGAAAAGGCUUUCAAGAAUGAAAUGCAAGAUAAUACAUAUCCUGAAAUCUUGAGAUCAAAUUUGGGUUCUGUUGUGUUGCAACUUAAGAAACUGGGUAUUGAUGACUUGGUACAUUUUGAUUUUAUGGAUCCCCCAGCCCCGGAAACUUUAAUGAGAGCAUUGGAGCUUUUGAAUUAUUUAGCUGCUCUCGAUGAUGAUGGAAACCUUACAGAUUUAGGAGCAGUCAUGGCAGAAUUUCCAUUGGAUCCUCAGCUAGCUAAAAUGCUGAUAGCCAGUUGCAACCACAAUUGUUCCAAUGAAAUAUUAUCAGUAACUGCUAUGUUAUCAGUCCCACAGUGUUUCGUCAGACCGAAUGAGGCAAAGAAAGCGGCAGACGAUGCCAAGAUGAGGUUUGCCCAUAUCGACGGGGACCAUCUUACUUUGCUCAAUGUUUAUCAUGCUUUCAAACAGAGUAUGGAAGACCCUCAGUGGUGCUAUGACAACUUUGUAAACUACCGUUCACUGAAAUCCGCAGACAACGUCAGACAGCAAUUAUCUCGUAUCAUGGACCGAUUUAACCUAAAAAGAACAUCAACAGAUUUCACCAGCAAGGACUACUACAUUAAUAUAAGAAAAGCCCUUGUCAAUGGAUUUUUCAUGCAGGUGGCACAUUUAGAAAGGACAGGGCAUUAUUUAACAAUCAAGGAUAAUCAAAUUGUACAACUACAUCCGUCGACAUGUUUGGAUCACAAGCCAGAGUGGGUUAUCUAUAAUGAAUUUGUGUUAACUACUAAAAAUUAUAUCAGGACUGUCACCGAUAUAAAACCCGAUUGGUUACUAAAAAUCGCGCCCCAAUAUUACGACCUCAACAAUUUUCCACAAUGCGAAGCAAAACGACAGCUGGAAAUUUUACAGAAUCGGUUAGAUUCUAGACAGUUCCAACAAGGAUUUUAAAAUAUUUGAAUUCCAUUAAGUAAUACUAUAAUAAUUUAAGUUUUUUCUUAUGUUUACACUUUGUAAUGCAAUGUGGAUGUUUUUGUGUACACCUGUCAUGAUUUUUUUAAAAAUAUUUUUUCAAUAAUAGAGUUUCAUAGGUUAACAGAUAUUUAAUUGAAUUUCAAUAUAUCUAUGUAUAGAUACCCUUAUAA